GUGACUACAGUGCCGCGCACUACAAAAUUUUUGGUUAGUUUCAAAUAGUGACUAUGAAUCAUCGUAUCUACAAUCAUCGCGUACGACAUUAAAUCAAAGAUAGACGAUAUGUCUGAGUCGAAAGAAUUACAGAAACGACUCGGAAUAACCUAUGCUAUUCGAAGCAAGUUGAAUUUUCUUGACGAGCGUCUAUGGAAACGGUUUUCCGCUCGUCGGUUAGAAUUGAUAGACACACUUGAUUUGAGUUCAAAGAAAGCAUCAGAACAAGAGGAUGAGAUUAGGAAUGUUGCAGAAGCCUUGAGAGUGGAAUUCCAAUAUCCAGAUGAAUACUUUAGCGAUUUUGAUAAGUUGGUGAGAGCUGCAAUCCAGAGUGUACGUCGAAAUCGGAAGAGAAGUAGUAGAAGCAAAAAAUUAAAUGGAGGAACAACAACAGCCCAAUCAGCGCCUGCGAUAAACUCGGGGAUUCCUAAGAUAGAUCCAGAAUCUAUGAUGGUAGAUAAUCCCGGGCCUCAUGUACCGAUUAAGAAACAAAGGGUAACCCCGAAGGGAGCCCCCAGUACGUCGUUCAUUGCCAAGAAUUCAGGAACCACAUCCCCAACUAAUGAACUCGUCCACCAUACAAAUAACAUGUCAAUUUCUGAAGCUAGAAUUCCAACAAAUGAUAAUAAGUUUCUUCUGGAAAUUCUUCGUUUGAAUUCAGAUUCUCAAGAGGAAUGGUAUGACCGUAGUUACUCUACAACCCGUCAUUUUUCCGCUAUUGACAAAUCAAGAGCUGCAAUUGACUCCAUGAUCCAACCACGUCUAAAGAAUGCAUCAUCUUCUGAGUCUAUCAAAUCUGGGAGUCCACCCAUUGUUGGGGCUCUCCCACUGAUGCCAAAGUUUGGAUUCACCAGCACUGCGCGUAGUUCAAGUCCUGUUGACAUGACUAAUAAGGGGAGACUUAGUCUGAGUGACGAAGGGAAUACCGAGGUUGAGAAUGGCACUGUUGAUAAUAUUAAAAUGAGUAAUAGUUUGACCCCCAAUAACACCUCUUCAUCUUCUGCUAAUGCAAGGGCUGCUGCUGCUGCUUCUGCAUCUCUUCUUCGACUUAUCGAAACCUCUCUAUCACUUUCAAAGUCCUCGUCUCAAACAAAUACAGAAAACCUUAGGACUCUUGGUCGAAAUAUAGUCUCUUGUGCUAUUUCAUAUGUCUUUGACAAAUCAUUUUCCACCGUCAACCCUACAUCGAUAGAAUAUCUCCGUUCCAAGCUUGAGCAGGAUCAAACUCUUGCAAGAAUUUUCAGAGAGUUGGACCCUCCAGCAGUUUUCAAUGUUCAGCUUACCGAUGAAGCUGCCGUACUAUCUCUUUGCACCAUUCUUGGCUGUUGUGCCAAGGACUUUGGUUUUGAUGCUGUGAUACCUCCAUUAGGGGAAAUCUUUUCUUUUUCCGUUGUAAAGGAUUACCCCUUGAUUUCAAAGACUGCUCUUGACGAUAACGGUGCAGCAGCGGCAAGAUCAACGGGACCCUUUGGACUUUUGAACUCUCUAGCAACCGUAGCUACGGAUCUUAAAUCAAAGGAAUUACUUGCUUCAGCAGACACAAAACCACCUACUACAUCUACCACUUCGAAGAAGGUUACUUUAAAGUUUCUCUCAUCCAUGCUUGAAUUUUCUUACCCGUCAACAAACUCUGCAGUGCCAAAGCUUGUAGAACUUAUAGAAAAUGGUAAGGCCGCGUUUAAACUCACUUCAACCACAAAUUCAUCGGUUACAAUGGGACUUCGUGAUGCUAAAGAUGGUACUGUCAUUAUCUCCGAUAAUGAAGUAGAAAAGAUCUUUCGAACCCGGGACUCUAUAGAACUUGAGAUGUUUGUGCGACAAGCUCAUGAGGUACCUAUUAGUCAGAUCACAUCUACUGUAUUCCCGACAAUCACUACCACAACAAAGGCAGGUCAACUGCCUAAGAUCCUAUUACCGCCUCCAUAUGUUCCUGCUACCCGUCCACCACUACCAGGAAGUGGCAGUACAUCUGGCCGACUCAGUCCAAUUAAUAACCCAAUUACAGGUGGCUUUAGGUUUCUUUCGAACCUGGAAGAUACCCCUACACCACCUCCACCAUCAUCACUUAUUCUCCCUAAUUUCCAACCUCUUUUAUGAAUGAACGCUUUUUUAAUAACUACCUUUGUUUUCGCUGUAGGUCUAAGUAAGCUUACUCUAGCAAUAAUCCUUUACAUGUACCAACAAUUGUGAAAUAAUAUAUAUGAAACUAUAUAU